AUGGUUCCAGCAAACAGAACAGCAAUUCAAAUAUGGAUAAUAUCUCAACUAUUCAAUGUCAUACCUUUAUUCUUUUUAUGCCUCCAAUUUCUUUAUAAAGGAAAACAUUAUACUAUGGCUUGCCUUAGUUUAACCACGAUAUUUGAUUGCAUAAUAAGCGUACCCAUUGCUUUGAAGUAUCAUUUUAUCGACACUAAUUCAGCAAUUUCAACACCUCAAAAUAUUUCAACAAACGAACCGAUUAAUGAUAAUGAUACUUAUUCUACCAAUAAUACAGACAAUGGAUUUUGGAAUGGAACUUCCCCUGAAUUUUGGAAUGGAACUUCAACGGAGAUGUCACUAAUUCUUACCACUGACACCACUAAUUUGGAACCAAUUUGCAUCGUUCAGGCUUUCUUAUUAUAUUCUACACAAUUGAAAGCUCUACGUUCUUUAUUUCUCUGUACAUGUUGUUUUAAUGUGUGCGGCUGUUCAAAACCCAUAUUCCGUCAUCGAACAUCGAUUGCUACUUUUAUUGGUGAACCUAUGCAAAACUCAUCAAGUAACAACGCAACAAUAAUGGUGGAUGAUGGAGGAAAUGGAAAUAUUGAAAUAGAUCCAGAGAUGGAAAUUACAAUUGUUGAGUCACCACCUAGCACUUUCGGAAACUUGAAAAGAACAACAUCAUUCAGUAGAUAUAAAAUAGGGGAUGAUGUUUUAAAAUUUGAUGAAUUUGGAUUGACUCACGUAUUUAGAAGUUAUAGUAUUGGUAAAAAUGGUCGUCACAAUUUUAGAGGGAAUAGUAAAGUAGAUAAAAAUGGCAGUGACAGCACAAUUAAUAGUGUUAAAAGUUUUAAAAGUUUAAAAAGAUUUCUUGAAAAUCAACAAAAUGAUAGAAAUGGAAAUGAAAUAAGACAAAACGGAGGAAAUGAAUACGCGAACGAUGGUAACACAGUAGAAAAUAAAAUCACAAUAGGUUUGACGGACAAUGACCAGAUAAUUUCCGCCACUUUACCUUCUACACCACCACCGCCAUCUAUUCAUUUAACGCAACCUAAAACUCCAGGGUCAAUGAGAAAUUAA